CCAGACCUCCGCACGAUGGCCACCAACGGCGCUACGACUAACAGUUCCUCGUCCUCGGGGUCCUCGAACAGUGGCCAGCCUGCGACCGACCAGCAGGCGGGAUCGACCAUGAACUCCAUCACGCAAGUGUUCCCUCCUAUAGUGGAAUUAAAUGUCGGAGGAGUUUUCUAUACGACCUCGCUGACGACUCUUCAGAAGGACCCCGAGAGCCUGCUGGGUCAAAUGUUUAGCGGGAAGUCCAAGACGCCCGUGCUGAGGGAUUCGAAGGGCAAGUUUUUCGUGGAUCGUGAUGGUGUCUUGUUCCGUUAUAUUCUCGACUAUUUACGAAACCAGAAGCUCGUGUUACCAGAAAACUUCAGUGAGCGUGAAAGACUCAAGAACGAGGCGGAGUACUAUGCGCUGCAGGACAUGGUGGAGUCCCUUACCGUUCCCAAAUCCCUGAGCCCCAUUGAUCCUUCGUUUCUAGUCAAGACCACCUGUGGCACGAUUACCGUCAGUUACCGCGGCACCUUCGCCUUCGGGCGCGACGGCCUCGCCGACGUCAAGUUCCGCAAGCUGAACCGAAUCCUUGUGAGCGGUCGCGUGACGCUGUGCCGGGAGGUGUUCGGGGACACGCUGAACGAGUCACGUGACCCGGACCGUGGCGCGGUUGACCGCUACUCCAGCCGCUUCUUCCUCAAACACACCUUCCUGGAGCAGGCCUUCGACAUGCUGGUCCUGGCGGGAUACAAGUGCCAAGGAUCCUGCGGCAGCAGCACCGCAGGCGGCAUGAUGGUGGACAAAAAGCCCGGCAUGGACUCGGAGGAGGACCGAUGGAAUCACUACAACGAGUUCGUGUGGGUGAGAGAAUAACUAGGCUGCGGGGGGGUACUCUG